GGACAAUCAAUUCGCAGUGCAAAAACACGUUGUCCUCAUCCCAGCCGCCUUGCAAGGAGCAUCGAGACUUGUGGCGACACGGAGACCCGACUGCAGUGCAGCGCAAUGCAGCGGGCUCCGCUCACACUCCGAAUCCGGCUGCAUUACUGAGCAGUGGCGUGUAUGAGCGUACCCAUUCAUGGGGCAGAAAACUGUAUUCAGGUUUAUCAUCGAAGGAUUGUGCCCAGCUAUCAAAAAAACACUCGUGUAUCCGUGGCCAGGAACUCAACGCUGCCUCCUGUCUCCAAGUCUGCAACCAUGGAUGGCUCCUCAAUGGGAUCGAUUGAGUCUACAGCCAAUGGGAAACCCUAUUAUCCAGUGGCUCGAGAUGUUAAUAUUUAUCUGGGCGAAUCUGAAGGGAGGGACAGCCCUUCAAAAGAUGAUGACUCCCUGCUUCAUCCUGGUAGUUAUACCAGUGCUUCAGGUGAUGCCAGCAGACUAGAAAUGGGCAUUGAGGAUGCUGCGAACCAGAAUAAAGGGAACGGCCUGUUCUUCAGUGAUGGCAAGUGCCGCAUCGAUUACAUACUUGUCUACAGAAAGUCCAGUACGCAAGCUGGGAAGCGGGAGAUGUUUGAGAGGAACCUCCGAGCUGAAGGACUGCACAUCGAGAAGGAGUCAUCAAUAACCAAUGAUGAUAUAAUAUUUGUGAAGUUACACGCCCCAUGGGAGGUUCUUUGUAAAUACGCAGAGUUAAUGAAUGUACGAAUGCCUUUCAGGAUGGAGAAAAGUUUGAAUAGGUUUCGAGGGUGGUUUCCUAGGAAGCCCAUGAAGCUGGACAAGGAUAUCUUACCGGAUCUGGAGGACAGCGACUGCUACACUGCCCCCUUCAGUCAGCAGAGGAUGCACCACUUCAUUAUAAACAACACAGAUACUUUCUUCAACAACUCCACGAGGAGUAGGAUCCUUUACCACAUCCUGCAGAGGGUUAAAUAUGAAGAGGGGAAGAACAAAGUAGGCCUCAAUCGAUUACUUGGCAACAACACCUACGAGGCAGCGUUCCCACUUCAUGAGGGAAGUUACAAAAGCAAAAAGUCAGUAAAGACCCACGGAGGCUUAAACCACCGGCGUCUGCUCUAUGAAUGUUGGGCGUGGUGGGGGGUGUGGUACAAAUUCCAGCCACUCGACCUGGUCAGGCGCUACUUUGGGGAGAAGAUUGGCCUCUACUUUGCUUGGUUGGGCUGGUACACGGGAAUGCUCUUCCCAGCUGCUGCCGUCGGCUUAAUCGUGUUCCUCUAUGGCGUCUUCACCAUCGAUCGCUGCCAAGUGAGUAAUGAAAUCUGCCAAGCAACAGAAACCAUCAUGUGUCCCCUCUGCGACCGGCACUGCAGCUACCUGCGGUUAUCGUACAGCUGUCUGUACGCCAAGGUGACACAUCUGUUUGACAAUCAGGCAACUGUAUUCUUUGCAGUUUUCAUGGCAGUCUGGGCCACCGUCUUCCUGGAGUUCUGGAAACGCAGACGAGCUGUCAUUGCCUAUGACUGGGACCUGAUUGACUGGGAAGAGGAGGAGGAAGAAAUCCGCCCACAGUUUGAAGCGAAGUACUCCAAGAAGGAACGUGUCAACCCAAUCUCAGGAAAACCAGAACCUUAUCAAGCUUUCACUGACAAGUGCAGCAGGAUCAUUGUAUCAGCUUCUGGAAUAUUCUUCAUGAUCUGUGUGGUGAUUGCUGCUGUGUUUGGGAUCGUUAUUUAUCGAGUGGUGACCGUCAGCACCUUCGCUGCGUUCGAGUGGGCUCUGAUUCGAAACAACUCCCAGAUCGCUACAACAGGGACUGCGGUGUGCAUCAACUUCUGCAUCAUCAUGCUUCUGAAUGUGCUGUACGAGAAAGUUGCACUUUUGCUGACCAACUUAGAACAGCCUCGUACAGAAUCAGAGUGGGAGAACAGCUUCACACUGAAGAUGUUUCUGUUUCAAUUUGUUAAUUUGAACAGCUCCACAUUUUACAUAGCGUUCUUCCUGGGCAGGUUGACAGGCCGUCCCGGAGCGUACCUGAGAGUGCUGAACAGGUGGAGGUUGGAGGAGUGUCACCCAAGUGGCUGCCUCAUUGAUCUCUGCUUGCAAAUGGGAAUCAUCAUGGUCCUGAAACAGACCUGGAAUAACUUCAUGGAGCUCGGCUACCCGCUUAUUCAGAAUUGGUUGGCGAGGAGAAAACUGAGACAAGACCAUCAUGACCCUAGCAAGCCAACCUUUCCUCAGUGGGAGAAGGAUUACAACCUGCAACCCAUGAACGCCUAUGGACUGUUUGAUGAAUAUUUGGAGAUGAUUCUUCAGUUCGGAUUUAUAACAAUAUUUGUGGCGGCUUUCCCAUUGGCCCCGCUCCUGGCCUUGUUGAACAACAUCAUCGAGAUCCGACUGGACGCGUACAAGUUUGUCACGCAAUGGAGGAGACCGCUGGCUUCGAGAGCCAAAGACAUAGGGAUCUGGUAUGGGAUUCUGGAGAGCAUCGGGGUGCUGUCGGUCAUUACCAAUGCCUUCGUUAUUGCCGUGACCUCCGAUUUCAUCCCUCGCUUGGUGUAUGCGUACAAAUACGGACCGUGUGCAGGGCAAGGAAAGGCGGGGGAAAGGUGCAUGGUGGGUUACGUUAACGCCAGCCUCUCCGUGUUCCUGGUGACUGAUUUUGAACCGCGCUCUGAACCAUUAUCAAACGGCACUGACAUCUUUGGGACUGAAGUCAAGUACUGCAGGUACCGUGACUACAGGGAGCCUCCUAACUCCAAGCAGCCUUACACCUACACACUCCAGUUCUGGCAUGUGCUGGCAGCGCGCCUGGCUUUCAUUAUUGUAUUCGAGCAUUUGGUUUUCUCUAUCAAGACCCUAAUUGCGUACAUGAUUCCCGACCUACCGAAAAACCUUCGUGACAGAAUGCGCCGUGAAAAGUAUCUCAUUCAGGAGAUGAUGUACGAGGCAGAGCUCGAGAGACUGCAGAAGGAACGCAACGACAGGAAGAAAAGCGGGAUGGGCUCUCACAACGAAUGGCCUUGAGAGCAAUCUGCUGAGAUCAAAACAGUCCCUUUCCCCUGUCGUUGCCGCUCGAGUUAAGCCUACCUCUGCAUAUUUUGCAGUUGUUCCCUGCAGCUCCUGAAAACAGCCUUCCACAGACUGAGUAAAUGCAGCCUCAAUGCAUGGCAGGGAAUGAAAGCGCUCUGAUGUCCGCCUGCUGGAGGAUGAAACGUGAAGACUUUCGCACCUCAUCACAAGAUCCCUUCAGUAUUCAGGACUCUUGUCAGCAUGUCGAUCAUGUUAUUCAUAAUAUAAUGCAAUUCUGUACGCCAGUUUUUAACUUGAAAGGGGUAACUGUUUUACACUGGUUUGCGACGUAUCUCAGUUCUGCAUCUCCUCCCCCUCAUCACCAAUUCCAGACUUUACACAGUGUCCCAUUCAAACUGUAAAUAAGAAUUUCUGAAAACUAUUUUGCAUAACUUCUCCAACCUGCACUCUCCAAGCCCUGGUUCCAUCCACGUCUCCCAACUAGCAAUCAGGAAAACAACCUUGUUUACCAAUCUUUUUUUUAAACUUCUUGAUCUUGCUGCUUUUGAAUGAUUAUUGGGUCAGAUGUAAAAUGCAAACAAUUUGUAAAUAGCUAAAAGCAAAAUGUUGAAUUGUCAUGAUUUAAGACCAGUUCAUGAACAUAAGCCAUAUUUAUUGCUUGUAUAUUGUGAUGCAGAGAUUUAAAAUAAACAUGCACAUGGAGUUUG